AUGUGCACAGGCAAUAUGGCGGGACAGCAGUGCUAUAGGAAGCUGGAAAUUCAGGGAAUAAACAUUUUGCUUUAUUUGGUUCAUCUCCUCUUAAUAAUAAACUCGAUCAGUCCCUACGCGAAAGCCGAAAGCGAUGUAAUAACGAUCGCUGACUCAAACUGGACUCUAAUUCUGGAGGGGGAGUGGAUGUUAAAAUUCUAUGCUCCAUGGUGUCCUGCAUGCCAGCAAAUCCAGGCAGACUGGGAGAUAUUUGGUAAAAGGAGUGAAAGCCUUGGCAUCUCCGUGGGCAAGGUGGAUGUUACACAACAACCAGGUCUGAGUGGGCGGUUCAUGGUAACCACACUGCCAACCAUUUUUCAUGCUAAAGAUGGAAGUUUCCGGAGAUACUUGUCAUCGCGGGCAAUUGAGGAUAUCCAAGCAUAUGUUACAGACAGGAAAUGGGAGGCUGUGGAACCAGUGCCAGGAUGGAAAUCACCCUCGUCUUUUCUGAUGUCUGGGAUGGCUGGUCUCUUCCAGCUCUCAGUGUGGAUCAGACAAAUCCACAGUUACCUGACCGACUCCCUUGGCAUUCCUGUUUGGGGUUCCUAUGUCAUAUUUGCCUUGGCAACAUUAUUCACAGGACUUCUUCUUGGCCUGAUACUGGUUUUGAUUGCUGACUGCAUCUGUCCAUCGAGACCAAAGCAAAGAAGGGAUAAAACAGUGGUGUAUGUGAAAGAGGAUGGCUCUGAGGAUGAGAUUGAGGACACGCUCACAGAGGAGAAACGAACAUCUGACCCAGACGAGAGUGAGAAGGUUUCUGGUGAAGAAUCAACGGAAGAAGACAGCCCUAUGACUGAGGUAGCUGGCAAUGGUAGUGACCAUGCUCUGCCAGAGGGGGCGGCAGAGGGCAUGGUGAGAAAGAGGAAGACCCAAGGGCCCAACACACCAGAAGGAACUUAACAUCCCACAAUGCAAUGUUCACCAAGAAUCUGGUUCACCACAAAGAGAAAAGGCCUCAUCCACGCAUUGUGGCUUAAGGCACACGAAGCAAGCUGUCUAAAAGACUGCUACUGCACUUUUAAAAGUGCUGAAUGCCCUUUGAUCUUUCCUUGCCCAAUUUCUAGUGUUUUUAGUUGCAACCUCCUUUUCUUUUGCUCAGCCUAUCAUCUUUUUAGCAGCAUCUUUAAUACAAAAUUCUUCGACGCUGACAUGAAUGAUGGAGUCAGUGAGCUUAGGCAACAGUAAAAUCAGUUGACCCCCAAGAGCUUUAUACCAAACGUUGAAUGACGUCCACUCAAACUCUGCUUUUUCUUGCUUGAAAUGUGUGUUAAAAUAGCAACAAUGCUGGCCAUCCACUAUGCUGUAAUUUAAAAUAUCAGAAGAUCAAGCCAAGGGAACAAGGGGAACUGACAGAGCAUUAGCUCUGUCCUUUGUGUAGCAUAAGUCUUCCUCCUUUGUUCGACACCUGUCAUAACCAUGGCUGGUUUGCAGAGGGUAGCUCAUGUCAUGUUUCAUAACAUUCCUACAUGAAGAAAAAUGAAGUUCAGCCAUAACUGAAGGGUCUUGUGUGAUCUCAGUAUAAUCAAAAGUUCACCUAAGAGAAAGCAGAACUUAAUGGUUGGACUAAGAGCAAUGACAUGAAAGCCAUUUUCUUUACAGUGAGGACUCUGAACUUGUGAAGGCAAUCAUCAACAUAAGCUAAUGGCAGUCAGACACAGGUAUGAGUCAGUGUAGUGUCCAUUAAAGGAAAUCAGAUGUUUUAGUUGUGGGAGCAUUAGUCUUUCUCCAGCUGUAACUUGUUUACACUGUAACGACCAGCCUGGUCAGAUAACGAUACCAUUCAGUUAUUCAAAAAACAUGGCUUUAUUUAUCUAAAUUAAUUUUAAAGCAAUAAUCAAUGUCAUUUGCACAAAUUUGUGAGAGAGGCCAAGUGAUUUUUUUUAAUUUAGUUCAUUUUAAAUGAUAUUUUUGAACUUUUGAUUGUCAGUUGAUUGUCAGUUGUCUUUGAAUUGUAUUAUGCUGUUAUUGAUUUUUGCAUGCAGUAAGGAUUUUGACAGGAAUACAGUAUUGGAAGAAAGUCAUAGGAUUUGUAUGUAAAAAUUAAUCAGAAAUAAGAUGCACCAGCAUGUCUUUCUCUCUUUUUGCUGAAGUGUCUGAUCCUUUGGAUCAACAAGCACAUGUUACUACACGUGUAUGUCCUUGUAUUUUGAAGAAAUACAAUUCUAGUGUCCAUGUC